AUGGGGGCCCCACCGUGCGCCGGUCGACCGCCGCCCGGAGGUCCCCGCCGACGCCAGACGACCAUCCCCACAUCCCCCUGUAACGGGGCAGAGCCCUCCCCCACCACCUCGCACACCCCUACGGCAUCCCCCCCCCCCCGGGGACCCUCUCCACUCCCCUCAACCACCGGGACCCCCUACCCGCGCCCGGGUCCCAGGCACCCUUCUCCCCCCACCACCAAGGGCAGAGGGAAGAGGCUCCGACGGGAAGU